AAAUAAACCCCCACCCUCCUCCAUUCUUCCUUUCUCUUCCAAUACCACAACUCCGACAUCAACCUCGCUGCAUCUCAAGCGAUCGUCAUAAUUGCAUCGCCAUCCUUCACCAUCUUGAGCAAGGUUGGAUUGCCUCAUCGCUGCAACCUCUUCAUCAAACCAUCAGAAACAACAAAUUACAAUGCCUCCCAAGUCGAAGUACCAGAAGUCGGAGGAGGCUGUUGGCAACGCCGAUGGCCCGCUUUCGGUCCUCACUGCUCGGGAGCAGACCAUGAUGUUACAAGGCCUGCUGACCGUCCCAGGCUUCCCUGGUGGCUUCCAAAUCGACUAUGCCAAGGUUGCCGACCGCAUGGGCCUGAAGAACCCCCGCUCCGUGGCCAACGCUUGGAGCCUCAUCAAGAACAAGAUCAACGCGUACGACGCGAAGUACCGAGAGGAUAACAACCUGCCGACCGCCGCCGAGGAGGCCGCCGCGCAGGCGGACGACGGGGACGACAACCCGUCCCCAAAGAAACGCGCCCGCGGUUCCAAGGCGACUACCACUGCCGCCUCCAACAAGCCCGCCGCCCGCGGUAAGGCCGCCAAGCCCACCGUUUGGCCGAAGCACUCCAUCAUGGGCCCGCUUUCCGACCCCCUCGCCACUGCCGGCGACUCGGAUGAGGCAGGUUCUGGCGCCCAGGAGGAGGAAGAGGAGAUGGGCUCCUCGGAGGAGAAGAACGCCGGCCCCGAGCCGGGCGAGGUCUAGGCUCUAGCUGGCGCCACGGAUGGGGGGACGCCCCUUUAGGUUCCUAUUGUUUCUUUUUGCUUUUCCCACGCGGAAUCGCCUGGGUUGGAGUUUGGAGGGGCUGGAAUGGGUGGCUUCGUGUGGAGGGCGGUUUUGGGAGUGCGGAUCCCUUUAAGGGAGGGGCCUGCACCAUCGC